CCAGCAGCAUCCAUAGUGAUAAUUCCAGUGCAGCAGCAGUCAGUGCCACAGUCGAUGCCACGCCCAGUGCCGGUGAGGCUACUGAGCCGAUGCUGCCACAGAUUCCGCCGUAUAUACGCACAACCGCCAUGUUCUUCUGCAUAGCCAUCAUGCUGAUGGGAGUUGUGGGCAAUGUGAUGGUGCCCAUUGUGAUUGUUAAGACAAAGGAUAUGCGCAACUCCACAAACAUUUUCCUCACCAAUCUCAGCAUUGCCGAUCUGCUCGUUCUGCUCGUCUGCACGCCCACCGUGCUCGUUGAGGUUAAUACGCGCCCAGAGACCUGGGUACUUGGCCACGAGAUGUGCAAGGCCGUGCCGUUCGUUGAGCUGACUGUGGCCCAUGCCAGCGUACUGACCAUCUUGGCCAUCUCAUUCGAGCGCUAUUACGCAAUCUGUGAGCCAUUAAAGGCCGGCUAUGUCUGUACCAAGGGGCGUGCCAUACUCAUCUGCGUACUGGCCUGGGGCAUUGCUGCGCUUUUUACGAGCCCCAUACUGUGGGUGGCCGAGUACAAGUUGGCCGAGUAUAUUGAUGGAUCAUCGGUGCCCGUUUGCCUCACGCAGGCCAUCACCGAUUGGACCAUUGCCUUCUUUCUGAUGACCAUAACCGUGUUCUUCGUCAUGCCAUUCCUAACCCUGGUCGUGCUGUAUGGCAUCAUAGCCAAGAACCUCGUCUCCAAUCAGAGCACCAUGCUGCGCGCCCGACCCACCAAGCCGGAGCUGAGCCUAAAGGCCCGCAAGCAGGUGGUCCUAAUGCUCGGCGCCGUAGUUCUCUCCUUCUUCGUCUGCCUGCUGCCCUUCCGUGUGCUCACCCUCUGGAUCAUCCUGAGCACGGACCAAUCGCUCCACGAGCUUGGCCUGGUGCGAUACUACAGCCUGCUGUACUUCUGCCGCGUGAUGCUCUACCUUAACUCGGCCAUGAAUCCCAUACUCUACAACCUGAUGUCCACCAAGUUUCGCAGAGGCUUUGCCCGGAUCUGCCACGAUGCUGGGCGAUUCCUGUUGAAGUUGCUCACGCUGGGACGGAGCAGCGACGGUGUUGGCGGCACUCGCGGACGCAGUGGCACCAUAUCCACGGGCCUGGGCACCAACACGAACACCAACUCGUCCAAUGCCACGGCGGCCACUGGCUCGAGCAUUCUGUCACGCAGCUCCAAUCGACGCUGCAGCGAGGACAUCAGCCGGACACGCCUUAAGAUUGAGCUGCAGUUGCCGUGCGGCAGUGAUCUGGAAGCCAUGGCCAUGCUCCACCAUUCGGGCAUUGGCAAACGGAUGGCCAGGCGCGAGAGUGAUAGUCGGCUAAUGGGCUUGAAGAAUUCAAAUCACAAUCCCCGUCGCCACAAGCCUCAAAUCAGUUUCGACGAGGAGGCACUGGCCGGGCCAAAGGAAGCUGAAAAUCCCAUCAUCGCCAUUUCCAGCUACAGCAUCGAGCCCUAUGGAGACGGAACGGAUGCCCCAGUCUGCACCACAUCGGCCGAUGGAUUCUGGCCCAUCUUCUACUUUGUGGGCAGCAUUACGCUGUUUUUCUUUCUGCCCUUUGGCAUACUACUGCUGCUGUACGCGGCCAUUGCCUACAAGUUGCUGCGACCGAAUAAUGCCUUUCAUAGGCCCACCUCGCCGCAGCCACAGGCGGGAACGGGAACGGGCACGGCCACGGCCACCGCGACACCCAGCUCCAAGGGCAACAGCCAUCAGCAGAGCAAUGGCAUGAGGAAGCACCGCAAGCAGGUGAUUUUCAUGCUGGUGGCAGUCGUCUCCAGUUUCUUUGUGUGUCUCUUGCCCUUCCGUGCAUUCACGCUGUGGGUAAUCAUGGCCAGCGCCGAGGAUGUGGAGCGCCUGGGCAUCUCAGGCUACUACAAUCUGCUGUACUUCUCGCGCUUCAUGCUGUACCUAAACUCGGCCAUGAAUCCCAUCCUCUACAACCUGAUGUCGUCCAAGUUUCGAAGUGGCUUUUGGCGGCUGCUGCUCACAUGCCUGGGGCAGCGGCCAAGCCAUCAUCAUCGCCACCAUCACCACAUGCAGAGGAAGCAUGCGACGACAGGCGGAAGCAUGCGAAACACUUCCCGAAGACAGGCCAAUGAUGCCGACGAGGCUGCCACUUUGGCCGGUGGUGGCACCAGCUCCCGACCGCCUCACCGUACGCUGCGUCGCGAGGCCACAUUUCUGAUCAACUCCAUAUCCACCUCAUCGGGCACGGAACGCACCACCUCAUCGUCUGCCUGGCGAAGCAAUAGUCUCUCCAUUUCCGGACUAGGCGAGCGUGAACGCGGCAUCCUGGGUGCCGCUAUCAUAGGAACCACAGCGGCCACGGUGACAACCGCUUGUCUGCAGGAGCGUCGAACCAGCAAAACCUGAACACAUCCCUCCCCAAUGAAUUGUACGAGUAUUUUAGUUGAAUUCCAACAGCAAAUAGUCAUAGUAUUUAGAAGAAAUUUCGUUGUCAAGACUGAUGUACCUCAGAAGAAGUCAAUAAACGCUAGAGAAUG